UGACAUCGAGAUUUUAUUUGUAACAUACAGUUCUUAAUUUUUUGUAAAUUAAUUUUUUAAUUUUUCAUAAAAACAAACUUUAAAUCACGAUACCUUCAAUGAAAUAAUAUUAUUUUCUCAUUAAAAUGAUUUCAAAAUUGUUAUGUACCGAUGUUCUUGCUAUACGUCCUAUAGAUGAUUAUAUAUUUGUAGGUAUAGGAUCUAUUCUACAUAUUUUCAAAAAACAUGAAAUUUACGAAUUAGAGUACAAAUUGAAUUUUAAUUCACAUAAUAUUCAUGGUAUUCUUAAAGCAUCUGAUAAUUAUUUAAUUGUAUUUGGAGCUAAAUGUUUGUGUAUUUAUGAUAUUGAUAAAACAAACGAUACAAUACUACUAAAACAAACUUUUGAUACAAUUUGGUUUAAUGAUUGGAUAAUAACUGUUAAAUGCUUGAAUAUUGAUACACAAAUAUUUUUAAUCAUUUUAUUUGCACAUAAUAAUGUAUAUAUAUAUGACAUUUCUAACAAGAAGUACCAAUAUAUAUGGUGUGAGGAAAAAUGUAUACUCUAUGGUGGAUCCAUAUCAGGUGAAACAAUUCAAGAUUUAGUAGUACUUAGUGGAACUGUGUUUCAGGAGAUAUUAAUAUGGAAACUAAACUAUGGAACUAUUCAUGAUAAAAAUGUGAAAGUAUUACAUCGUUUAAUUGGACACAAAGGGGUAAUUUUUUCUGUUAUUUAUGAUCCAAAUACUUAUUUUAUCUGUUCUACAUCUGAUGAUAGAACAGUUAGAUUGUGGAAAGUUAUGGACAACACAUCAUAUUCAAAUAUAGAUAUGCCUUUGGCCUGUAAAAAUUAUAUUGAUUGGGAAAAAGCUGAAAUUAAAUUAGUAAAAACAAUGUUUGGGCAUGCUGCCAGAGUUUGGAGAGCAAUAAUUAGAAAUGGUGUUCUUCUUACUAUAGGUGAGGAUUCAUUAAUAUGUAUUUGGUCAUUGAAUGGUACAUUACUUAAUAAACUAUUCGCACAUCAUGGAGCACCAAUAUGGAGUAUUGAUAUUUCAGAAGAUAAUAAGACCAUAUUUACUGGUGGUGCUGAUGGUGCAGUACAUAUAUGGCCAUUUAUAAGUGCUCCAAGUAAUAAUUUACAGAUAAUAUCAUCAUUUAAAACAGAUCAUGUUCCCAAAUAUAUAUCUUAUUUAAACAGUGGAACAUUAUUAAUUUUUCAUGAAGGAGGCAUGUUAACAUGCUAUAACAAUGCACUUGUUCUUAGAGAGUCUUUGUAUUUAGAAAGAUAUAGUACCUAUUGCAUAAUGCAAAUUUCAUCAUGUAGACGUUAUAUCAGUUUUGCAUCAAGGGAUGGAUAUAUAACAAUAUACACAGAAAUAAACAAUGAGAACAAAAAAUAUCUACAUCAGAUAUUAGAGGCAAAAGUAAUGGAAUCAAAAAUAUUUUCUUUACAAUGGUUAAAAGAUGAUAAAAUUUUAGUUUGUGGAAAAAAUGGUUGUUUACGAAUAUUUACCAUUACACUUGAUAGUAUGUAUAAUGAACUAUACACUCAUAGUGAAUAUACAUUACCUCUAACUCGAGAAUGUUGGGUAACAGCUGCUAUAAUUUAUGAAAAUUUACUUAUAUGUGGAGAUAGAGCAGGAAGUCUUCAUAUUUUUGAAAUGCACAAUCAGUUUUUAAACAAAAUAAAUUUAGAUAAAAAUAUUGGAAAGCCAAUACAAACUAUUUAUAAAGCUCAUGGAAAAAUAGGUAUCCAACUGUGUGCUGUUAUGAAAAAUAAAUUGAUAACAGGUGGACGCAAUGGCAUAAUAAGAUUUUAUGAUAUUUGUUUGAUUGAAAAAAAAAGCUUUUUACGUACUUUGUAUUGCAUAAAAAUGCCUAUGGAUUGGAUUAGUAACAUAUUAGACAUUGGCAAUGAUAUUCUUAUAACUGGAUUUAAAGAAGUUGAAUUUAUUAUAUAUAGUUUACAUGAUCAGAGAAUAGCUUUAAAAAGUCCUUGUGGAGGUGGACAUAGAUCUUGGGAUUGCAUGGUAUUAUAUGAAAAUAUUAAAUUUGCAUAUAUUAGAAAUAAGCAAAUUUAUUUAUCCAGUCAUCAAUUGAAUUCUCUGUUUUUAUCUACACCUACUAUAUUGAGUGGUUCUCAUGUUAAAGAAAUUUAUAAUGUACAACCUAUAAUGGAUCUGACUGAUCAUAAGAUUUAUAUAUCUGGAGGUGAAGACUGCAAACUUCGUCUUACACAAAUUUAUAAAUCAGAAUUAAAUAAGAAAAACUAUACAUUCAAAACACUAAGCAUCAUGGAUGGACAUAUUUCAAGUAUAAAGUCUAUAGCUAUUGUAAAUUUAGAAAGUACAAAAUUGAACAGCACAUACUUAAUUUUCUCAUGUGGUGGAAGAGCUCAAAUAAAAUGUUGGCAAAUGGAUAUAAGAUGGGAUAAAGAUUUGUUAUCCAAUGAAAAUAUUUCUUGUCUUGAUCUAAAUGGUCAUAUGCUGUUUGGUAAAGAUCAGAACCGUAGAAAACAUUGGCAAAAAACAAAGCAAUCUUACGCAAUUGAACCUGAAACUCGCUAUAUGGAUAUUAAAACCUAUUGUCCUUAUAAGUCAAUUUACAUAUUUCUACUUAUAGCCUGUGCUGAUGGAUAUUUAAGGAUAUUCAUUUAUAAUAUCGUUACAAAAAAUAUUCAUCCUAUAUUAUAUACUAAAUGUACUCCUCGUUGCAUUUUAAAAGUGCAUGUCUUGGAAUUUAAAAAAAAAAUAAUUAUAUUGACUAUGUCUACUGAUGGUAUUGUACGUUAUUUUAAUUUUACUGACAUUUUUUCUGAAGCAUUUAAAAACGUAAGCACAGAUCAUUCUAGUCUAAAAAACAUUGAUAUAAUGCCUUUUGCAUCAAUGCAGUUACAUCAAUCGGGCAUUAAUAGUUAUGAUUUGAAAUGUAUAACUGAAGAUGAAUAUCUUCUAGUUACUGGGGGUGAUGAUAAUCUUCUCUGUCUUGUUUUAUUUCAAAUUUUUAUUUUAGAAGACAAAACUGUUUCUGUAAAAAUAUUAUCAAAACACGAAACUUCAUCUGUACAUUAUGCACAAAUUACAGGUGUUAAGUUAACCAAUAACAAAAUAUUUAGUGUUGGUAUAGAUCAGCAAGUUAUUACACAUACUUAUUCCUGCACAAAUAAUAAAAUAUUAGCCCAAGUAUUAUCAACUGAAUUAACAUCUAUAUCAGAUGUACAAGGAAUGGUAUUAUCAACUUAUAUAAAGUAAGACUCAUAUUUUAUAUAUUUUUUAUAAACACUUCUAAAAAAAUUAUAACGUAGAUUAACCACAUAUCAAAAAAAAAGGAAAAAUUCAAUGUAUACAGUAUUUAAAGAAAC